AUGGAGCGCUAUUUCCAGAAACGAGUCGCCCCCUGUGGUGCUAAUCUCAAUGCUAGCCUACGGAAUGGAUGUAUUCGCCUUGAAUUUCCAACCAAACAAAUGCAAAGAGCAGCAUUAAAGCUUGACGGCUCAUUAAUUGGUAAUGGUAGACGAAUUUCUUUGCAGAAGUGGAUCGCAAAUGAGAAAGUUAUUAGCCAUGAGGAUGACAAUAACUUUCCAAAGCGUAAUCGACCGACAUAUGCUGUCGUGGUCAAAAAUUUGAACCCCACAAAUAAAAUACUAUUUGACUUGGAGUGCUACUUCGCCAAUCGAAUCGGAUUAGACCGGAAUGACCUCCAUGCCAGCCGUAUGAAGAGUGGGCAGAAAAUUCUCCUUGAAUUACCGUCGAGGCAAAAGCAAGAAGCUGCACUAAGACUUGAUGGCUCACUCAUGGGCUCCCACACGAUGGAAGUACAGGAAUGGCGUGGAGGCGGCCUUCCGAAGAAUCGUGAAAACGAAUCGUCAGUAACUGACAAACAAGAAUCGGAUCCACUGAAAGAGGAUUUGGGGUCAUCCUCUGAUGUAGGCGAUGGUGAUAGUUUGCUGUCGUCACCGUCCAAAUCCCUUUCGUUGAAACCUACUGAAAACAAAGACAACGAAUCGACGCGAAAGAAAAAACAGGACGCAUCGUCAGAAAUUUUCGGGGAGCCGCUGGAAAGCGUGCAGUCUCCGUCUCCGGUGGAGAUCGAGUCAAAGGAUAGACUUCAAUCCGCAGCAAACGAACACAUUAAGGUCCUUUCAGCAGCAAACAGCAAAUACGAAAAACGCAUAGCGGAUCAAUUCAGCAAGAUUGAAGAAUUGCAGGCACAACUGAAGAAUUAUCAGCUGCAGGAGCGGUCCCCGAGGAAAGAGCAACUGGGACGAAAUGAAUGCCCCAAUGACAUGUCUGAAAGUCGACUGACGACUCUGUGCCAUGAAAAAGAUGCGCAGCUUCGAAAUCGUCAGUCGGAGAUCAUUGCUCUCAAAGCUAGCCUACGGGAUGCUGUGGCGGCAAGGAAUCGGCAAGAGCAGGCAAUACGAGUCCAGAAUACGAAUACAAUGGAACGGUUGAAUAAUCUAAAAGAAAAAAAGGAUGCUGAAAUAAAGUCCUACGUAUCCAAUGUCCAGUCAUUGGAGACCAAACUAAAGGAGGCGGCAACUCUGAAUCACCAAAAAGAGCAAAUGAUCAAUAUCUUGAAUCAUAACGUUAAAAUGGCAGAUGAGCAAAUAAGGAAUCUGCAGAACGGAAUGGGCAACACGAGAGAUGAGGAAUUAUUGAGGAUGCAAUACAGGAAAAAAGACUUCGAACUCAAGGGGUUGAAAAAGCAAGUUAUUCUUUUGAAGCAAGAUCUUGUUGAUACCAUUGCGCUGAAGGAUGAUGCAACGAUGCAAUGCAAGCGGAAAGAUCACGACAUUGAUAUAUUGACAAAACAGGUCGUUCGUCUGAAACAAAAUCUUGCCGAUACCGUUCGAAGAAAGGAUGAUGCACAAGCAAAAUUUGAAAAAAGGAUCGCCGAAGAAAGAACGUGGAAUGCGCAAUUGGAGGGUCAACUGAGCCGGAAAACACCGCUGUCUCCGGGGAAGAUCGCAUUGACUGGUAAACUUUCGCCACAAGGAAAUGAAGUCGACUUAUCAAAACGCCUCGAAAUUCUGAAGAAGGACAAGGUAGAAUCAAUCCGAAAGCUGAAAAUUGUUCAAACUGAGAAGGAAGAAAUGCAGCGCGAAUUGGAGGACGCCAGGAAGGAUGUCGACGAUAUAUCCCGCCUUCUUCAGGACAAGGAAGAGAAUUUGCGUCGGGAGUUGCGACUCAUGGAAGACGACAUGGAAGGAUAUCGACGGGACCUAAAAGCCGCAGAAAAGGUAAUUGACGAGCUGUACAAUCGACUGAAAAAGAAGGACGAAGAUAUGCAAGCCAACAAAAUUAAAGUUGUACGCCAAAGAGCUCAGAUUUCCAGCCUGCAAGUAAAACUGAAGCAGCGAGACCAAAGCCUGGAAAGUCUGAAAGAAACUAUUCGAAAGAUGAAAGAGGAAAUGACGCUGAAUAAAGAUCCAGACAACAAGUAUCAUACUACGACAAAAGUCGAACCAACACCCCGACAACAAGAUGCAACUGUGACAGAGCUGGAAGCAAAGCUAUUCAAUGUUAUUCAAGAUCAGAAUGUACUCUUGGCAGAAAACCAGUCCCUUCGUCGAGACAAACAAGACAUGCAACGAACGAUUUCGACAAUAGAAGCAAACAAUGAGGAGGAGAAUGAGCAACUCCGAGAAGAAAUCGAGCAAAUGAAAAUGAACCAAGCUAUGGAAUUGGGAUUGAUGGAAGGAUCCGAUUUGUCGGAGGAAGUGGCCAGUCUGAAGGAGGAACUUGAAAAGGCUUACCGACGAAUGGAGGAGAUGGAGAAAAACGGACUAAAUGGUAAUGCGACUACGUAG